AUGCCUCAUAAGGAAGAACCAUAUACCGAAUUCACUCCGGAAUUAUACCCGCCGUUCCCUUCAGAUGUGCCUACGGUCUCGCUAGAGACAAUCACCCUAUCUAAACUUUUCAAUGGCGACGCCGUCGAGCAGGAUCGCGUGUUCGAAGCAUGUGUCGGACGCGGCUUUUUCUACUUAGACCUAGACGGCUGCGCUACAGGGAACACCAUCCGCCGGGGUGCCGAGCAGAUUGCGCUGGCGGGAGAACGUGUAUUCCGGUUACCACUGGCUGAGAAGAUGGACUAUAAGAUGGCCAAGUCUCUAUUCGGGUACAAAUAUGCUGGAUCAACCGUAACAGAUAAGGCUGGCACUCGAGAUACUGCCGAGUUUUUCAACGUGGGCAAAAAUGACAUGAUUGUGCCGAACGACCAGCGCGCAUUCUGUCGGGAUGAUGAUUAUGAAUAUCUUGCGGAAAGGCUUGGCAUUGAUCCAUCCGAGCUCACGAACCGCCAUAGAAUAGAAGAGCCCUCGGGAGACCAUGUCCGUAUCACUAGGGGCCCGCCCCGAGAAACGGAUGAGAUGCCCGAGAUUCAGACACCCUCGCACACCGACUUUGGGACGAUUACCAUCUUGAUGAACUGGCUGGGUGGACUCCAGGUCUGGUCUGAGUCAGCAAGGAAGGCACAGCUUAGCAACGGCCAACCAGAUGUGCCCGGGUGA